AUGUUAUCCAAUCCUAGAGAAGUCGAGAAAAUUAGUCAAGCUUGUGUCAAUGAAGAGAUCGUUUGGCACCUGAACCCGCCAAAAGCACCACACUUUGGAGGGCUCUGGGAGGCAGCCGUAAAGGUUGCCAAAUCUCAACUAUAUCGACAGGUUGGUGGAUCCCGUUUGUCCUACGAGGAUAUGUCUACAGUCCUGGCCGAAAUCGAAGCUGCAAUGAAUUCGCGGCCAAUCGUUCCAAUGUCUGAAGACCCGAAUGACUGCACAGCACUCACACCUGCUCAUUUCCUAAUUGGAACAAGCAUGCAUGCAGAACCCGAUCCUGACUUAAGCGAAAUCCCAUUCACUCGUCUCGACCACUAUCAACGAUUGCAGCAGUUGUUUCAACAAUUUUAG